UCUCUCUCUCGUUUCUAUCUUUCUCUCUCUCUUGUUUGUGACUGGCUUCUCCCAGCUCAGAUGCCCCUCUGACUUCUGCCGAAUUACCGCUGCGCCUUUUGGCUGCACUUCUUCCCUCCCUCAAACCAUCUCCUAAUUAUUUUAGUGACUCUACAUUUUUGUUGUUUUUUUUUUUUUUUUGCCUUCUGACGUGUCCUGUAAGGCUGCUUUUCUUCCAGAGAUCUGGAUUUCUUUGUCUUGAUUCUGCAGGAAACUUGGGGGCUUAUUUCAGAGGUGCAACUCUAUAUUUUGCCAGGACUAUGAAUUAGUUCCCUGCCAGGAGGAGGCUGCUGCCCUGCAUUGUUUUGUGCAUUCUUUGCAGUGAGCUGAUAAGCAUCCUGGGAGCUGCAGGCACAGUCACUAAGGGGCAGUGGAUAUGGGUCGGUGGCCCCUCUCUGAAUUCCUGCUGUCAGUGGGACCCUCCUCCAGCAAGAACUAACUCCAUCCUGAGCACCAUGGCACAAGCUCUGAGAUGAAAUGAGGACACCACAUACUAGUUGCACGCUUUUGUAAAUUUCCUGUUGCUGCUUUUUUUUUUGUUGUUUAAACCCUGCAAUCUUAAGUCAUGAACAGAGCGGGGUGCUACAGAAAUACAAAAAGUCAAAGACACGGGGAGGGCGGAAGCCUGAGACUUUAACAUAAGAGAGCAGUUGUCUCAUGCCAGAGAAAGACAAGGAGAAGUUAUUUGACUCCCCUGCUGACUGGAAUCCUGUGAGAUGUGGGAAGAUGGGGCCGGCUAUGAGAUAAUUGAGCUGAAGGAUCUGAAGCCGUGUGAUGGCAUUGAUCUGACGCAAAACUCCCGUGGGGGGCACCGCCUGGAGCGCACCAACGCUGUCAGGAUCCCUCCAAGCAGGACACCCCCCAUUCUACAGAGGAGCCUGAGAAGGAGAAUACUCGGUGGUCAAGGUGACACACAGCCGCCUGGGAAAGCAGGAGAGGGACACUAUUUCCAGGCCACAUCCAACACUCAGAACACUUGGUGUGACCUCUGUGGGGACUUCAUAUGGGGCAUCUACAGGAAAAGCCUUCGCUGUGUGUACUGCAGUUUCAGCUGUCACUAUCGAUGCCGAGCUCUCAUACGAUUAGACUGCAGCAGAGAGACUGAUAUAGAGACUGAGAGUGACCCCUCUGAAGAUACCUCAUGGGAGAAAGAAUCGAAUGUGGAUGAAAAGCCAGAAAAGCAGCCACAGGCCCUGAGCAAGGCAGAGAUAGAUCAGAAAAUAAAGAAUUAUAAUUCUCAGAUAAAGAGCAAUCUCUUCAUGAGCCUGAAUAAGGACGGCUCGUUUACCGGAUUCAUUAAAGUUCAGCUGAAGCUUAUCCGGCCCGUUUCUGUCCCAGCUUCCAAGAAGCCUUCAUGUUUGCAGGAUCGGAAAGGUAGCGUACGCUCUCAGCCGGUCAAACGCAGGACCUCCUUCUACCUUCCCAAAGAUGCUUCAAAGCACCUGCAUCUGAGUUCAAGGACGCCAGCUAGUGAGGUCAUUCAGGCUCUGCUGCGGAAGUUCACUGUGCUCGAUAACCCCAGGAAGUUCGCUCUGUUUGAAAGGGCAGAACAGGGUGGACAAGUGUCCUUGAGGAAGUUAACGGAUGACGAGGAGCCUCUGAAGCUGCGUCUUUUCUCAGGACCAUGUGAGAAAACUUUGAGUUUUGUGCUUAAGGAGAACGAGACAGGAGAAGUCAAUUGGGAUGCAUUCAGCAUGCCGGAGCUGCACAAUUUCUUGCGCAUUCUGCAGCGUGAGGAAGAAGAGCACAUGCGUCAGAUUGUUCAGCGUUACACCAGGUGCCGGGAGAAGAUGCAGGAGGCACUGGCAUCACGCACACCUGGCUGAAACACCCAUCCAGCUCCACCAAAGAGGAGAGUAUGAAGACAGUGAGGCUGAAGCUAAAGACGCAAGCACGGUGUGACUGAGACUGAGUGAAGCACUUCCUGAAGUGCAUGGGAGGGGGGUGAGCCUCCCUGGGCGAGAUGUGAGUGAGAGCAUAAGAGAGUGUGUCUGUGUGGGACACGAGAUAUUGCGAGUGUUCCUGUGAGAGAUGCACAAUAUGAAGGAGGCUUAUUAGUGACACUAAGGAUGCCUUUCAUCACUUUCCACGCUGCAGAGAGGAUUCAGAAGAAGCUCUUGUGUACUGAUAAAUCAGCCCCUUCAAAAAAGUGAAUGCCAGAGAGCUUGGCAGAUUCUUGUAUGUUUCUAUGAGGGUCCUAAAUGGCAGAGCUGGUGUCACUUCAUAGUUCUACCAGUUCAACCUGUACAGAACUGAAGUGACACAGGACUUUCCUGAACGUUUUGCCUGCAUUUUGUGAUCCAGCUGUGCUUUUGCACAUGCCACACAUAAAGAAUUCUGCUUUUA